AUGAUGACAACUACAAGUGAAAAUAUCAGUUCACAAAUGCAAGAAAUCUAUGAAACGAUAAACAUUCUUGAUGGUGGAAUUCAAACGUUAAACGAUGAUAUACAACGUCUUAGUAGCGAAUCAGUCAAAUUACAAAGUUCAAUAGAAUCGUUGACACAAGAUAUUGGAUCGCUUAAAUUGAAUGUACAAGAGCAAAGCUGUUUUCUUGAUGGUGUCAAACCUAAUCAGGAGAUUCUUCAACAAGAUGUUGCAUCAUUAAAACAAAAAAUUGACGAUUUGCAAUAUGUAUCUUAUGAUGGAACAUUGACAUGGAAAAUCGUUAGCUUCAAUGAAAAAAUGAUGGAUGCACAAUCUGAACGGCAAACAUCGAUUUAUUCGCCUCCAUUUUAUUCAUCACCAACUGGCUACAAGAUGCGAGCUCGUCUUUAUUUAAAUGGCGACAGAAAUGCUCAAGGUACACAUAUGUCAUUAUUUUUCGUUCUAAUGCGUGGACCAAACGAUGCCAUCUUGAAGUUUCCUUUCAAUUACAAAGUCACAUUUUGUUUAUACGAUCAAACGCCUCAGCAAAGACACAUCAUCGAUUCAUUUCGACCAGAUAUUAGAUCGAAUAGUUUUCAAAGACCACGAUCAGAAAUGAAUAUAGCUAAUGGCAUACCUAAAUUCUUUCCAUUGGCAAUGAUUCAACAAGACGACAAUCCAUAUGUUCGAGACGAUACAAUGUUUAUUAAAGUUAUGGUAGAUUUCGGUAACAUGUCAAAGACAUUAUUACCAUAUGCAUUGAGUCUCAAUCCUGGAUUGCCGAUGCAUAUCCAACAAUUAUUGAUUCAACAAGAAGCAGAACGAAAAGGGCAAAAACAAGAACACCCGCAAUCUCAACCAAUGCCUAUAAAUCCUCCAUUAGCAUCAACACAACCACCGUUGUCAAAAGAGUCACUCGAAACAGACCUUGACGAAGAUAACUUCAAUGGUCAGCAAGAUUCCCCAUAA